AACCCGCCCGGCGCACAGGCAGUGCCUCUCGUCACGGCUUGGGAUUUGUCAGGCUUCAACUUUCUGCAAAGAGGCACUGUGCAGGAUGUCAUGGCUUUCAUGGCAAAAGUGAGUGGUUGGGGGCUGUGCAAGGUGUGAGCGCUUGGCGGUGAGGAGUGGGAGGAGGAGGAGGAGGAUUGGGCAGAGCUGCAGGGAGGAGACAGCAGCAGGAGAUGCGAGCGCGUUAUUGCCUGCGAAGCGAGACUGAUGCGCAAGCCCUCACAGACGGUAGCCGAGCGGACAUCCCCAACGCAGCGUCAAUCGGUGCAAGAGAACACGUACGUAGCGCACGUCCAUUCGCGACCCGCCUCGGAGGGCAUUUCGGGCGUCUUGGUAUCCGACACCGAGUACCCUUCCCGCGUUGCGUUUUCCCUGCUCAACAAGACGCUGGACGAGUUUGUGCUCAAAGUUCCAAAGGGAUUGUAUGAGAGGCAGGUCAACUCCAUCACCACGGGAAGCAGCUCUGCUCCCUCGGCCAAGGGAACGGGUAUCUUGGACAAUGCAGUCUUUCCGCAAGCGCAGGAUUAUGUGAACAGGUAUCAGGACCCUAGACAGGCUGAUCAGAUCAUGAAGGUGCAGCAAGAACUCGACGAGACAAAGAUCGUCCUGCACAAGACCAUAGAUUCGGUGCUGCAGAGAGGGGAGGAUCUGGACAAGCUGGUGGAAAAGAGCGGCAGUUUGAGCGCUCAGAGCAAAAUGUUCUACAAGUCUGCAAAGAAGCAAAACAGCUGUUGCGUCAUCAUCUGAUUCAGGGGGCCUUUCGUCUGUUUUCACCGCGCGACGCUUGCCCUUUUCCGACUCGCGCCACAGCGCACUUGGUGCGAAGUGCGACUUGGCUUCUCUGCACGCAAGCACCUCUCAUCACACCUUCUCAUCUUGUAUAUCCGACGCUCAAUACUAUUCGCCUGGUCAUACCUUUUAAGCGUCGACCGAUGGCCGUGUUCGUGGGUAUUUGCACAACCUGCAAAUCGGAAUGUCAAGCACGGG